AUGUCAGCAUAUGCAGGCUACUCCAAAACGAGCUACGGCGCCCAAGGCGGCGAUGACUCGGGCGGCUUCUUCGCCGGUGGUUCACAACCAGGCAGUCAAGGCGGCAAAUCAUACCAAGAUGAAUCCCUCCGCCCCGUAACCGUCAAGCAGAUCCUCGAAGCAGACGAGGCCUUCUCCGGCGCCGACUUCAAAAUCGACAACACGGCCAUAACCCAAAUCACCUUUGUCGGCCAGGUCCGCAACAUCAACCCGCAGCCCACCAACGUGACGCUGAAAAUCGACGACGGCACGGGCCAGAUUGAAGUCAAGAAGUGGAUCGACGCGGACAAGGCAGACGACGGCAACGCAGACCAGUACGAGCUCGACUCCUACGUGCGCGUAUGGGGCCGCCUCAAGUCGUUUUCGAACAAGCGCCACGUGGGCGCCCACGUCAUCCGGCCCGUCACCGACUUCAACGAGGUGAAUUACCACUUGUUGGAGGCGACGUACGUGCAUUUGUACUUGACGAAGGGCCCGCUGGGGCAGGACGGCGCGGCCAACGGCGGCGGGGAGAGCAUGUUUGUGGACGGCGGCGGGUACGCGGGCAACGCCAACGGUGGUGGUUCUGGGCAGAUGCUGAGCAAGGUGUCUGGCUGUUCGCCGCUGGCGAAGAGGAUGUUCAACUUUAUGAAUGGGACUCCCGGCAUGAACGAGGGGGUCCAUCUGAAUGUGAUUAGUAGCUCGACGGGCAUGUCGGUGAGGGAUGUGCUGGCAGCGGCGGAUGAGUUGCUGGGCCAGGGCUUGAUUUACACGACUGUUGAUGAUGAGACUUGGGCUAUUUUGGAGUGCUAG